CUUAAACCGUUGUUGAAUUGUGUUUUUUAAAUAAAAUGAUUCACUAAUUGGAGGAAUUAAGUCCAAUUCUCCUUCGUUUCAACUCACUACUUUUUAUGAGUCUAAAUUACAACAAAUUUGCAAUCUCAAGGAAUUAUUUGAAGUUGCCGGUAAUACAGUUCAAACGUCAACCUGCCCUAACCUCAAUAGUAAACAAACAAAUCGUGAACUUGUUAAUAUAACAUAAAACCGAUGUCUCAAGUGGGCCGGAGGCUUACAAAAGCUGAUUUAAACUUGCCUUGCAAGCAACAGGCGAUUUACCUCUUAGGAAAAAUUUUAGCCCGAAAACUUGAUGAUGGUUCAAUUCUCAGGGGUAGAAUCGUUGAAGACGAGUGUUACCUAGGGGGCGAAGACAAGGCUUCACACUCUUACAACGGCAGGCAAACAGCCGGAAAUGAACCAAUGUACAUGCCUGCGGGAACCACUUAUGUUUAUUUUAUUUACGGAAUGUAUUGUUGUUUUAAUAUUUCGAGUCUUGAACCAGGUGCUGCUGUCCUAAUUAGGGCUCUUGAACCGAUUCAAGGUCAGGAAGUGAUGGCUAAAUUGCGAGCAGACAAGCAAAAAAAUCCAUUGAAAAGCUCUUUAAAAAACAAGGAAUUGUGUAAUGGGCCGUCCAAAUUGUGUAUUUCCUUCAAUAUGACAAAAAAUAAUUGCAAUAAAAUCGAUUUGACUGAAAGUGGAGUGUUGUGGCUUGAAGAUGAUGGGUUUGAAGUGGAGGAACAACAGAUUAUGAGGAGCACAAGGGUUGGGAUUGGGUCUGCGGGAGAGGAAUGGGUGGGAAUGCCGUUGAGGUUUUAUAUUUUGGGAAAUCCUCAUGUCAGUAAAAGAGAUAAAAAAGCAGAGAAGAAAUUGUUUGAAUAA